ACCAAGUACUAUAUUGUGUAUGUUUUGUCUACGAAAUACGUAUUGCAGUGAUUUACACACAUUUUUCGGUAUGUUUGGAAACGAUUUGAUCACAUUCAUGGAUCUAUAUAAUUAAAACAGUGUUUUGGUGAUCCAAAGUUCGGAUAUUUCGCAUAAUCUGAAAACAACCGGUGGUUAUUCGGCGGUGUAUAGAAAAUAUAUCUGAAAAGCAACAUGGCGGUUGAAUUCCUGUGAAUGUUUGGCGGUAUAUUGUGUCAACAAAUUAGCAUGUAUACAUGCCAUUGAAUUCAAGGAUAAGUAUGAAUUCUACAUCAGAAGACCCUACAUAGAAAUGCUUGUUAUCAAGAAGAAUUUCUGAUUUGUAAAUGUUUUGGAGUUAAAAUGUGAUCCCAUAUGUCAGAAAUGGGUUAACAAUUCAAUGUGGUCUAUGAAGUGUUACGCAGGGAAAUAUUUUGUAAACAACUUAUCGGAUAACAAGGAUUUAUUGCAGUGAAAACUAUCGGUAUCACAUAGCUGGAAUUAAAUCAGGCUUCAUAGUGAUUUCGUGUUAAAAUCGCCAAAGUGACGCACAUGUCCCGUAAUACGGGGCCCCGGCGCCCCUUGGUUCUGCCCCCAGAGAGCCGAGAGAUUCUCACAUCUAUCAGAGACUCAUUAAAUAAGCGAACAGACCCUGGCGUACAACCACAGCCCCAGCCGAAACCACGAGACUCGUCUGAUAUAACUCAGCCUAGACGGGAUAGCGUUUCAUCUGGAUCUAGCGGUACUCCUAGCCUGACAAAAGCAGCCGGUCAGGCCAAUGGUGGGAAUGCGCAGAACAAGAAUAAGUAUACUGUAAAUGCAUUACAGUCUAUACGAGAGGCCCUUAAGCCAUAUAAGACCCAAGACUCGGGAAAUUCAAGCCUGGAGUCUUCUCAAGACGGGUCUUAUGCGGAAACGAAUAAGAUGGUUCUUCAGCAACUAGGGUUGACAGAGGAGUCUGAAGUGAAGCACAAGGAGAUCAGUGAAUCCUUACAUCACCUGCAGAGUAAUGGUAUGAAGAGGUUCCAGCCUGGGACAAAACGGUACGUGGAAACAGUGAGUCCGGGCUCAGAUAGUGCCAGUACCGGUUCUGACACCCACGUGCAGUCCGUUUUCAACACAGCUAUACCCGGGCAACAGGGUGGGGGUAGAAACCCGACCACAAUAUCUUCGGGAGCAACUCGGGUGAUAAGUCCGCCACCUGUUUCACAAACUGGCAUCAUGGUGAACGGGCAUCAGACACCUCCCCCUGUACCGCCCCGUCUCCCCAUGGCGGUCACAGUUGGCAGUGGGGUGGCAGGGGUUCAGCAUGGGCAGUCGCCUGUGAAUUCGGAGCACAGUUUUACAUUGACUCACUCCUCCAUGGGUACACCUAAAAAUCAUUCAACGCCUGUCAAUGUAGUGAAUAGUCGACCAGUGUCUGGAAUUUCCCCGGCGAUGUUGAAUGAAUCUGGGAGUAUUGCAAGACACAUGGUGUCACCUAUGGGCAUGCAUUCCGAACCAGUGACUAUAAAAUACCCCUCUCCCGGUCAGCCUCCGCCUUACAGUAUAAGUGGUGGAAACUCACGGCAACAAAAAGGUCCCUCUAUUAAGAUCACUUCGAGUGGUCAAACUAUACAUGUUCAGCGCCAACAUGAGCAAUUUAAAAUACAGCUCAAUCACUCGGGUUCGGGGAAACCAGUGGAUGUUUACCCGAGAAACCAGCCCCCCAUUCAUACACAAGUGGUAGAAAGUACCUCGGUGCAUAAACCCCAAGCCCAGAAGGCUACGAUGCCAAUUCAACCACAAGACAAGCUCGUGCCAGGCAAUAAGUACACAUCUUCUGUCCAGACAAUGGUUAACAAUGGCCAGCAGCAGAAACAACAACUAAGGGGUGUUCAGAUAAGUUAUUCUGAUGGACAGAAUCAUAUAAUUUAUCCGCCAGAAAGAAUGACGCCAGAGCAGCAGCAUGCGUAUCAGCAGAGAAUCCAGCAAAAUUUCAACCAUCAUAGCCCGUUGUCUGUUCAUAUUAAACUCAGACCAAAUCAGCAUCUUGUAAAUCAAAACGAACUGUAUGGUCCGGUUGAUACGUCUAUUUCAACCUCACGUUCAUGUUCACCAUUGUCCAAUUCGACAAAUAGAAACCAGUCUCCAAUGUCCAUUUCAUCGACCAACUCCGACAUUCCAGAUCAUCCCCCGCCCCCCUAUCCUGGCCAGGGCCCGACCAGACCGCUGAAAAUCUCGCAUGAAAUAAAUACAGGCAAAAAUAUACCGAUUUACCCAAAACCUCAAAAUCCCACGCAAGUGCCACUACAAUACCCCCAAGUGCAAAAGGUCAACUCUCAUGCAGCAAGUAUACAAAAAGGCAUGUGUACAGCAGCGAGCAACGAGCAACCGCCGUUACCUCCACGUAUUCCGUUACAUAAAAACAAUACCCCACCCACAUCGCUUCAAACUGGUGAAUCUCAGCCUCCCAAUAUUCCACCAAAGGAAUUUUUAGUGAAACAACAACAUGGUAAUCCAGACUAUGGUAGCGAAGACAUAAGUAUGUUUUUACGAAAUAAUACCGAAAUGGCAGAGGUGGGUAAAUUACCACAGUUGAAUAUUACCAACGAUGGUGAUACCGACAGUGAGGUAAUGUCACAAGCUUCCGAUGUGUCGGAGAAAAAACGAACUUGCACUUCCCCGAUUCCGGAGCGUAAACCGGAUUCGGAGGAAAAAGACAUUUUACGGAAAGAUUCAACUGUGAGAAAUUAUUCGCCGGCAGCGUAUAAGUUUUUUAUGGAACAACACGUAGAAAAUUUGAUAAAGAACUAUUCACAACGACAAAACAGAAAAAUGCAGCUAGAAAAAGAAAUGGCAAAAGCGAAUUUGUCCGAGGAUGCUCAGUUGCAAAUGAGGAGAAUGUUGCAACAGAAAGAAUCCAAUUAUAUUAGAAUGAAAAGAUCAAAAAUGAAGAGAGACAUGUUUGAGAAGAUUAAAAAAUUAGGUGUUGGUGCUUUCGGAGAAGUGCAUUUGGUGAAGAAAAAGGACAUUGAUCAGCUGUAUGCUAUGAAAACAUUGCGGAAAAUAGACGUUUACAAACGCAAUCAGGUCGCGCACGUGAAAGCGGAGCGUGACAUUCUAGCGGAAGCUGACAACGAAUGGGUGGUUAAAUUAUACUACUCGUUUCAGGACCGUGAUAACCUAUAUUUUGUGAUGGACUACAUUCCUGGAGGGGAUUUAAUGGGAUUGUUAAUCCGGAAGGAAAUUUUCGACCAGCCCUUGGCCAGGUUUUAUAUCGCAGAACUAGUGCUAGCGAUUGAAAGUGUGCAUAAAAUGGGUUUUAUUCACAGGGAUAUAAAACCGGACAAUAUUUUGAUAGACAAAAAUGGGCAUAUCAAGUUGACGGAUUUCGGACUCUGCACGGGAUUCCGAUGGACCCACAAUUCCAAGUAUUACCAAAAAGAUGGGUUCCAUCCUCGUCAGGAGUCUAUGGACCUGGGCGACUCCCACACAACCGACUGCAAGUGCCCGAAGCAGAAAACCCUAGACCGACGGAAAAUGCACCGGAAAUGUAUCGCUCAGUCCCUCGUCGGAACGCCAAACUACAUCGCACCAGAGGUUCUGUUGCGUCAAGGUUACUCCUCAUGCUGUGAUUGGUGGAGUGUCGGUGUAAUUCUUUACGAGAUGUUGGUUGGACAGCCGCCAUUCUAUGCCAAAACUCCUCUUGAAACACAGCAAAAGGUUGUAAAUUGGGAGCGCACACUAAAGAUUCCAAACGGCAUGUUGAAUCCAGACGCAACGAACAUUAUCGAGCGUCUGUGCUGCGGAAAUGAAAACAGACUCGGCAAAAAUGGUGCCGAGGAAAUCAAGCACCAUCCGUUUUUCGCUCCCAUCGAAUUUGAAGGAUUGCGAAAACAGAGGGCUCCGUGGAAGCCAGAAAUCAAACACCCGUUGGACACGUCGAAUUUUGACCCUGUCGACAGUGAUGAAGAAAGUGAUGACGAAGUCGACAAACGGACUUACGAACAUCAUAUGGUGAAUGGGAAGUACCCAGAUCAUGCGUUCUUCGAGUUCACGUUUAAGAGAUUUUUCGAUGAUGCGGGGCACCCAUACCCAAGCAUAAAACAUACGAAGGAGUCAUUGUUAUCGAAAGAAAGUGAUAAACAUUCGGAAACGAACAGUGAAGCAAAUUCACCCGUGUACGUGUAGCAGAAGUUGAUAGUAAAAGGUCAUUUUCAGACUAUCAUUAUUUGCUCAAUUUGGUUUGUGACUUUUCUGGUGCAGAUUUAUAAGUCCAGGUCGUGGGUUGUGCAAUUGCAAGCUACAGGAGAGUUAUAAUACAACAGCUUCUAACUAUGAUAUUGAGAAGGGUAGAAUGACUGUUACUGCUUUCAUUUCCGGAAGGGUUUUAUUUUGGCAACUGUUUUUUGAAAAGUUAAUAAGGGACUGAAAAAUAAUAUUAAGCUUAAUAAUAUAUUAAAUAAUAUAUGAAAAACUUUAUAGAACUUGUUCACAGACGUUUUAUCAUUGUAACAAGCAUCUUUUUUACAUAUCACAUGAAAUUAAUGUUUUCAAUAUCUGGCCAUAUAAAGGGUGAUUAAGUCCCUAAAACGAAGAAAAUCAUAUCAUGUUAUUGGACUUCAAAUAUUUAUAUACCUAUAAAUCUCAUGGAAUUUUAUAAGUAAAAAAGUCACUAACAUUGACCACACAAAUUUAAAGCAAUUUACAGAAUUUUUUGUGCUUAUUAUUUGUGUUAUAAUAGAUUUUCAAUUAUCUGACGAUGAAGAUUGUGGCAUUUUUUAACUAUGCUUUAAAAUUUGAACAAAUGCAGAACAAAUGGCAAAAUCUACAUUUUUUAAGUAAAGAAUGAUAUAUGGUUUCAAGGGAUGUAGGAUGAAGCUUUAUGGAUAUGCUGUAUUCUGAUAUAAAAUAACAUUUUCCAAAGGUUUUGGAAGCUUGUGACAUUUGCCAGUAUAGAAAAGUCUGUGUACAGCAGAAUUGUAAUCAAAGAUAAAAGUGCUUCUUGUUAAAUGUAUUGAUAUUUAUUUUCUCGUUCAUUUUUUAUCAUUUUUUUUUUAUUUGAAACUAAAGGGGCAACUAGUUUCAUAGAAUUACUCAACACAGAUUCCAUGUAUUUUUCGACAGGUUUCAUAAUGUGUUCAGUGAUAGUUCACAGGAAUGCAUUUUUGUGUUUUAUUUUGAAACUUCGCUUUUAUAUUGGCAUUUUAGAUCCUUGGUAAUCUUGUUUUUACUUGUCAAGUAAUUCCUUUGUGUCAAAAGUUAGGCUCUUUUUUUAUAUCCACAGCUGUUGAAAAAAAUGAUGUUAAAUUUGCUGUGUUGAAUAAUUUGACAUUGGCAAAACUUGUAUUUUCCCAUCAAUUAAUUAAUUAAUUUCCACAUAUAUUUUUUAUGUAUUUUUUUUUAAUUCAAAUAAGAUCAUUGUUUUUAAAACUCUGUGUUUUCAUAUUUUUCACUCUUAGUAACAUUUAUUAAUAUCUUUAUUUGUGAGAAAGUGGCCUUUUACUAUUCAAGACAAUGAACAAUUUUAGACAAUGGGUAACUAUGGCUUUCUGGUGCCUUAUUUGUGUUGCCAUGGAAACGGUUGUGAAUAUUAUUCCAUCUCGGUAGAUUUUUUCCGCAUUUAUAUUUGACUAUUUUUUUUUCAUUUUUCAAACACUCAGUACUUUUUUCUAUAUCCCAACAACAACAAUACCAAAAACAAAAUCAGCAACAACAAAAAUAAUUUGAUCAAACAAAAUCAAGAUAGACAUAAAUUUAUAUAAAUGAAAAAAAAAAAAAAAAAUGUCUGAAAUUUUAACGUUUUAUCUGGAAAUUAUAAAAAGGGGUGUGAAGGUUUCACACAAUUUCCAUGGCAACUGUUUGCAAUGCCUGUGAUAUUUCCCUGUACAUUGUUUCUGUAGUGAUUUAUACAAAUGCGUGUUAUCUAUGCACAUUUCGCUUUACACAUAUCAUGUACAAAAAUAUUACAUUCAUGUUUGUAAAGAAAUGAUUUAUUACCGAAUUUUACUAUAGAUAAUACACUAAGACAGAUAAUAUGCCUGAGAAAAAAACAAUAAAUAAAAUGGAAUGAAUAAGUCAUAAUUGUUUGUUUCAGUGUAAGAUUGUAAUAUAUUUCACUGAGAGAGCACUAAGAGAUAUAUUUCAUGAUUGGCGUAGCCACUAGUAAAAUAUUCACUUUCACCGGUCAUUUUUUGAAACAGUGAAAUAUAAAUUUUAUUUUACUGUUAAUUUCAAUUAGCCACGGAAAGCAUAUAAUAAAAUCUCUAAAUACUAAAUUGACUACAGUUAAGAAACAAAACUGAAACAAUUUAUUUCAAGUCCAUUAAUACCAUCUAUUGUACUUGGGCAUUAAAUUCUUAAUCAUAUUCUUAUAAUUGCAUAUUAUCUAUUGUGAAAUUCGGUACUCGUUCAAAUGAUAUUGAGGAGUUAUCUUAGUUUUGCCUAUUGUAAGGACAAUUCUUUUCUUUAACACUUUAAAAUAAUUCUUCUUUUAGAUGUUGAUUAUACACAUGUAUAAUUGUACCAGGGUGUUAUUGAUAUUAUUUAUUUUAAAAAAACAACCAUGUUUUACAA